AUGUCUUCCAGAAGCAACAGCUCAGAUGUGACUGAGUUCAUCCUGGUAGGAUUUCCAGGCUCCCUGGGGCUCCACCUAAGCCUUCUAGGGCUGUUCCUGCUGGCUUACAUGCUGACCAUCACAGAGAACCUGGUCAUCAUCACAGUGAUCCGCACCAGUCCCUCACUGCACAAACCUAUGUACCUCUUCCUCAGCAACCUGUCCUUCCUAGAGGUCUGGUACAUCUCUGUCACAGUGCCCAAGAUGCUGCUCAGCUUGGUAUCACCCAAGUUCCAGCGCAUCUCCUUCACAGGCUGCAUGGCACAACUGUACUUCUUCUUGGCGCUGGCCUGCACCGAGUGCGCACUCUUGGGUGUCAUGGCCUAUGACCGCUAUGUGGCGGUCUGCAACCCCCUUCGCUACCCAGUCAUCAUGAGCCCUGGUCUCUGCAGCCUACUGGCUGGUGGUUCCUGGUUCUCAGGCUUCACCAUUUCCCUGGGGAAGGUCUUCUUUAUCUCUCGCCUGGGUUACUGUGGCCCCAACAUCAUGAACCACUUCUUCUGUGAUGUGUCCCCUCUACUGAACCUCGCCUGCUCUGACAUGUCAGUUGCAGAACUUGUCGACUUCCUCCUGGCACUGCUCAUCCUGUUGGGGCCCCUGGUGUUAACUGUCUUCUCCUACACAGCUAUCCUCAGCACUGUGCUACGCAUGCCAUCGGCUGGUGGCAGGCAGAAGGCCUUCUCCACCUGCGCCUCGCACCUGGCCGUGGUGGUCAUCUUCUACUCAGCAUCCCUCUUUAUCUACGCCCGGCCACGUGCCAUUUACUCCUUUGACUACAAUAAGCUUGUGUCGGUUGUCUACACUGUGCUCACACCCCUCAUCAACCCGAUCAUCUACUGCCUGCGGAACCAGGAGGUCAAGCAGGCACUGCACAAGGUGCUGCAGAGAACAGGCCAGGCUCUGAGAGCCUCCUCCUAG